UCGUAAAAUCCUAUAGUAAAGCCCAACUUUAAAAAUCCGCCUUUUUUGUCCGAGGCCGGCUUCAAUAGCACGUGGUGUACGUACCAAAUAGACCGCGCUUUUAUAUUCUGUUAUAUUGCGCUCAAGAAAUAUCCGACAGUAAAAUAAUUUUGCGUCGGUUCGAAACGUUCAUGUGUUUUAUCAUUUAUUCGGACGAUAAAUGAAUCCACAACAACAAUUACUGACGAUGUCAUUCACAUCCGACGAAUAGAUUCGUCAGUGGGUAAUAUACGACAAUACUGUCAACUUGGUAGGUUACAUUAAACACGUAAAAGAAGUUGCUCGUCAAAUGACUCAAGGAAUGAUGCCAAUAAUUAGAAUUAUUGUAAGUAAUAAUGAUAAUUCGGAUGUGUGUAUAUAUUUUUUUGGAGAUCAAGCAGAUUUUUAUCGCCCAUUUAUACGUCAGCACGCGAUCAUAAAAAUUGUAAGUGCCAGAAGUACUCCUUUAGAAUACGAGCACGUUUUGUCUAAUGACAAAGAAAUAAAUGACAUCAGUUUAACUGUGUUGGUGGAGACAAAGAUCAAUCUAAACCGCGGGAGUUUCAACAUCGGAUCCCCUGCGAAUGUUGUCGGUAUGCCGAUUCCACUGAAGGACGUGCCUACCCACGCUGGAAAAUUUUCAUUGUCUGAGGUUGGAUAAAGAUGCCGUUUGCAAAUGUAGGGAACAGAGCCAAUGUCUAUGUUUGCGGUGUGAUCGUAGAUAUUAAACACAAACUGAGGGUUGUUAUUGAGAAUUUUGUAAAUAAUCCUACUUUGGUUGUCGGUGUAUAUGUACGGAUUAUGGGUGAAUAUCGUCCAAAAGGUAAAUUGUAUUAAUAUAUUUAAGUAAUUAGAUACAAUGAGUUUACGACUGACUAAAAAUGUAAUUAAUCUUUUUUUUAUUUUUCAGGUCCAAGACGAGCUUCAUUUGUUUCAGUUAAAAAUAUAGCUGAUGUGACUCUUGAAGCAGGAGUAGCUGCUCUACCAACUUUCCAAUUGGAGAAAAUUGGUCUUAUUAAUCCUCAUUAAUAGCGUUAAAAAUCGUUGAUUUUUAUUUUAAAAUUAUUUAGGAUUAUGUCUUUUAUACUUACCUUUAAUAUUUUUUUCCUUAAAUAUUCAAUUGUCACCACGUGGUUAAACUUUCACUAUUACUU